CGCUUUUCUUUGUCUUUGUUUGUGCUGUGCAAACCGAAACACAGAAACACGCACCAAAAGGUGCGUGCUUUUUCCCGCGCCCGCCGCCGCCCGCUGCUUUUCCGCUUUCCCUUCCAAAUUGCCUCCUCCCCUUUCUUCUCUACUUACCUUACUUGCCUUACUUACCUUGCACUCACCUCACAUAUUUACUUAGUAGUCACUCGCUUGUUUGCUUUGCUUGCUUGCUCCCUCACUCACCCACUCACUUACUCAUUGAGUUGCUGCUACAUCUUCCUUGCUUGCCAACUCAUCGUUCCCCCUUUCAUUCAUCUGGACCUCGACCAUCACCACAACCAUGACUGCCCACACCGGGGAAUGGGCUCGAUUGGCGAGCCGCCUGUUGGUGACAGUAACAACUAUCUGCAUCACCUCCUUUGUUUAUAAACUCAUCAAGAUGCGAUUGAUGUUUCAUCGCCUGAGAAAGCAAGGACUGCCCAUGCCGCCAUGGAACCCUAUCCUGGGAAAUCUGCCGGUGAUGGCUGGGCUACACAAAAAAGGGCCGGCAGAUGCCCGUGAAGCCGAGCUUUUUGCCCUACUGUCCGCCGAGGUACCCGACGGUGAAGCCGGGUUUUAUGUUGACGUGUGGCCUUUCAGCUCCCCGAUGCUGGUGGUGACAUCUCCAGUUCUGGCAGUUGAGGCCGCCCAAACUUAUGACCUCCCUAAACCCGAUGUCCUUCAAUCGUUUAUCAAUCCGAUGGCGGGUGGCUCAGACAACCUGUUUGUCACCAAUGGCGCCCACUGGAAAAAGUCGAGGGACAUGUUCAACCAUGGAUUUAGCAUGGCAACGGCCAUGAACCACCUGCCCUGCAUCCUCGAGGAGGCCGAGGUCUUCAUUCAGAUGCUCACACAGCAUGCGCACAAGGGAGACACUUUUUCCCUCGACCAGCUGACCUGUCGCUAUACCAUGGAUAUCAUUGGAAAUGUGGCCCUGAACACGCGCUUCCGCUUCCAAGAGCAACACAACCCCAUUGCGGCGGCCAUGCGAGACACUAUUGAAUUUGAAUGUGGAAUCGAGGCCGGCGGCAUGCUCGCUCGAUGGAGUCCCCGUCGAUUCUACCGGCAAUGGCAGAACGGACGCACGCUAGACCACCUCAUUGGGCUCGAGCUCGACAAGCGGUACCAGGAGUGGUGUCAAACCACCGCGAAACCCUCGGGCAACGCGCGCUCGCAAUCGAUCAUGGACCUAGUGAUUGCGGAUUAUAUGAAAACGCGUUCGCCGGAGCAGGCGCUCGAUCCGGAUUUCAAGCGCUGGGCGACUAUCCAAAUCCGCCUGUUUCUGUUCGUCGGGCAUGAUUCAGAAGCGACCACAAUCAUCUACGCGUUGUACCUUCUUUCGAAAACCCCGAAGGCUCUCGAAGAAGUCCGCGCGGAGCACGACCGCGUCUUCGGCCCCUCGAGCGCAAAUGCCGUGCUUCAGACCCACCCCGAGAAGAUCAACCAGCUAGCUUACACGCAUGCCGUCAUCAAGGAGACGCUGCGUUUGUUCCCUCCGGCGAACGGGUUGCGGGGAGGGCGCCCGGGUGUAUCACUCCGCGACGACAAGGGUCGAUCGUUCCCCACUGAGGGCUGUGCGAUCUGGAUCGUGCACCCAGCCGUUCACCGCAAUCCGUCCGCGUGGCCGCAGCCGCACGCCUUCCUCCCCGAGCGCUGGCUAGUCGCCCCCGAUCACCCCUUGUACCCACCCACCGGUGGCUGGCGCCCAUUUGAGCACGGUCCCCGCAAUUGCAUCGGCCAGAACAUCUCGCUGCUGGGUGUUAAGGCUACCCUCGCCAUGAUUGUGCGCCAGUUCGACUUCCACGAUGCAUAUGCGGAAUAUGAUAACCUGAAUCCGUCCAACGGCGGUAUUCGGACCGUGUUCGAGGAGCGGGCCUACAUGAUUCAGAAGGGCGCCGGCCAUCCCGCUCAGGGCUUCCCAUGCAAAGUCACGCUGCGGAAGAAUCUCCAGACAACUGAUGUGGAAGCAUAAGUUGUAGCCCGGGAGUCUUAAAUCUAGCUAAGGACGAAAGGGUGCUAUAUUUGGGCACUUGGCGGUAAGGUUCAACUCAUCAUGUAGAUUAGAUGUAAAUACUAGAUAUUACCUCACUGAGGUCUAAUUUCGACCUACAAUUAUCA